GUCUUAAUUUUUUUUCCUUUUAAAGACGCUGUGUGGACAGUAAUGACUGGACGUUUCCGAUUGCCUGCUGGCAGAACCUACAAUGUACGAGCAUCUGAGCUGGCACGAGAUAGACAGCAUGCAGAGGUGGUCUGCAAUAUUCUUCUUCUAGAUAAUACUAUACAAGCAUUCAGACUUAAUAAACAUGAUCAGGGGCAAGUUCUGCUGGAUGUAGUUUUCAAACAUCUUGAUUUGACUGAGAGAGACUAUUUUGGUUUACAAGUGGCUGAUGAUUCUGCUGAUAACCCUAGGUGGCUGGAUCCAAACAAGCCAAUUAGGAAACAGUUGAAAAGAGGAUCACCCCACAAUUUGAACUUCAGAGUCAAAUUUUUUGUAAGCGAUCCUAAUAAGCUUCAAGAAGAAUAUACACGGUACCAGUAUUUUUUGCAAAUUAAGCAAGAUAUUCUUACUGGAAGAUUGCCCUGUCCUUAUAAUACUGCUGUACUCUUGGCUUCCUAUGCUGUUCAGUGUAAGUACAUACCUGAACUGGGAGACUACAACCUUACGGAUAACUUCCCGGGCUACCUCUCAGAUUACUCUUUCAUCCCUGGCCAGCCUCAAGACUUCGAAAAAGAAAUAUCCAAACUACAUCAGCAACAUAUAGGUUUGUCUCCAGCUGAAGCAGAAUUCAGUUAUCUCAGUACUGCCCGAACCUUAGAACUCUACGGAGUUGAACUGCACUAUGCAAGGGAUCAAAGUAAUAAUGAAAUUAGGAUUGGAGUAAUGUCAGGAGGCAUACUCAUUUAUAAGAACAGGGUACGAAUUAACACCUUUCCAUGGUUGAAAAUCAUAAAAAUUUCUUUUAAGUGCAAGCAAUUUUUCAUUCAACUUAGAAAAGAAUUGCACGAAUCUAGAGAAACUUUAUUGGGCUUCAACAUGGUGAAUUAUCGAGCGUGUAAGAAUUUAUGGAAAGCUUGUGUAGAACAUCAUACUUUUUUCCGGUUGGACAGACCACUGCCACCUCAGAAGAACUUUUUUGCACAUUAUUUUACUUUAGGGUCAAAGUUUCGGUACUGUGGGAGAACAGAAGUCCAGUCUGUACAAUAUGGCAAAGAAAGGGCAAACAAGGACAGAGUGUUUGCCAGAUCCCCAAGUAAACCUUUGGCUCGCAAAUUGAUAAGUGGGAUGGACUGGGAGGUUGUCAGCAGAAAUUCAUUGUCUGAUGACAGGUUAGAAACUCAAAGUUUACCAUCCCGUUCUCCACCUGGAACCCCUAAUCAUCGCAACUCUACAUUUGCUCAAGAGGGAAACCGUUUACGGCCAUCUUCAGUUGGACAUUUAGUAGACCAUGUAGUCCAUACUUCACCCAGUGAGGUAUUUGCAAAUCAUCGGUCGCCUUCUUCUACACAGGCCAAUAGUAUAAUUCUAGAAUCAUCACCGUCUCAAGAGACCCCUAUAGAUGGCCAACCACCUGCACUGCCACCUAAACAAUCUAAAAAGAAUAGUUGGAACCAAAUUCAUUAUUCACAUUCACAGAUAGAAUUGGAUAACCAUAUAAAUGAAACAUAUGAUGAUGAUUCUUCCUCGUCUCCUGAAAAAUCUACUCCAAAUGGUGGGAUUCCUCAUGACAAUCUUGUUCUGAUCAGAAUAAGACCUGAUGAAAAUGGCAGAUUUGGUUUCAAUGUAAAGGGUGGAUAUGACCAGAAGAUGCCUGUCAUAGUGUCUAGGGUGGCUCCCGGAACACCUGCAGAUGUUUGUGUCCCUCGUUUGAAUGAAGGUGACCAGGUUGUAUUGAUUAAUGGCAGGGAUAUAUCAGAACACACCCACGAUCAAGUUGUUAUGUUUAUUAAAGCUAGCUGUGAGCGGCAUUCAGGGGAACUUCUACUCCUUGUUCGACCAAAUGCUGUUUACGAAGUAGUAGAAGAAAAGCUAGAAAGUGAGCCAGAUUUCCAGUACAUACCUGACAAGUCCCCACUUGAUGGAAUUCACCAGGAUGACAAUGCUCUGAGAGAAUCAAUGUUUCAACUAGCGGAAGGGCUUAUCACUGGAACAGUCCUGGCUCAAUUUGAUCAACUUUAUAGGAAGAAGCCUGGGAUGACAAUGUCUUGUGCCAAAUUACCUCAAAAUAUUUCCAAAAAUAGAUACAGAGACAUUUCGCCUUAUGAUGCUACACGGGUCAUUUUAAACAGUAAUGAUGAUUACAUCAAUGCAAAUUAUAUAAAUAUGGAAAUUCCUUCUUCUAGUAUAAUCAAUAAAUACAUUGCCUGUCAAGGUCCUUUGCCCAACACUUGCCCAGAUUUUUGGCAGAUGACCUGGGAACAAAGCUCCUCGAUGGUUGUUAUGUUAACCACUCAAGUGGAAAGGGGCAGAGUAAAAUGUCAUCAAUACUGGCCAGAGCCUGGCGGAAGCUCUUUAUAUGGGAAUUUCCAAGUCACCUGUCAUUCAGAAGAAGGAAAUCCUGCCUAUGUCUUCAGAGAGAUGACAUUAUUUAACUUGGAGAAAAAUGAAGAUCGUCCGCUCACUCAGAUCCAAUACGUAGCAUGGCCUGAUCAUGGAGUUCCUGAUGAUUCUAGUGAUUUCUUAGAUUUUGUAUGUCUUGUCCGGAAAAGAAGGGCUGGGAAAGAAGAACCUGUUAUUGUUCAUUGCAGUGCAGGGAUUGGACGAACUGGAGUUCUUAUUACAAUGGAAACAGCAAUGUGUCUUAUUGAAUGUAAUCAACCUGUUUAUCCUUUGGAUAUUGUAAGAACAAUGAGAGAUCAAAGGGCAAUGAUGAUCCAAACACCUAGUCAAUACAGAUUCGUUUGUGAGGCUAUUUUGAAAGUGUACAAAGAAGAACUUGUUAGACCUUUAAAGACAUCACUGAAUAAAUAGGAAGCAAAAUAUAACUUUCAGAGAAGAUUCUACAUAAGACACAAACUGUACUUGUGCUAUAAUGUUUCUUGAAAGAAAUGAUGUCUGAAAAUAAUGAAGAACUGAAAAGGACUUCAGCACUAUUGCACUUUAAGUUAAAACUGAAAAUCAGUCUCUAAAACACUAUGAUUUCUCUGUGUUGAAAGACUCCAUUCAUGCUUUGCUUCAAACAAGCCACAGAUUUAAUGAGCUCCAUGAGUUCUGGAUAAUUUUCCAGACUUGGUUGCAGUGCCAUAUAGCCCUUUCGUUCGAAAUGCUACAAAAAAGAAAAAGGAAAAAAAAAAGCUUGGAAUACUUUCAUUCUUUAUUUGACACCUGUUUCUAAAGCAACAACAAUACAUGCAAAGCUGUUUCUUCCAAUGCUAAAGUUGUCAUGUUAUUUGCUACCUUUUAUUUUGGUGAAAUAUUAGCAAUAUUCCUUUUAUUAGAUACACUGCCUACUGAAGCAGCACAUUUCUCCCUGUGCCCUUCUAGAAUCUAACCUGAUUACUAACGGAAGGCUGCAGUAUGAUCUAACCCAAUAACAGCUGCAUAAUGGCCCACUGAACCAGCAUUUUGUUUAGUUGGUAUAUGAACAUUCUUUGUACUACUAGUUCUAUUGCUGUUUCUCAGCAGAUUAUAGCACCAGUGUGUUCUGAAACAUUGAUGGCGUUACCUAUGGGAAUGAAUGUGUGUACUUUGUCUUAACCCCUUAAGUGCCUUGAGACUUACAGUGUAUGUCUUAAUGGCAAGGGACUUUGGCCCUCAAGGGGAAGCUAUCAUUAUAAUUAGAUUCACUUUGAAAUAUGAUCCUUGGUGCUUAGAAUAUGGUACAGUAAGGGGUCAAAAAUACUGUUCCUAAAUACUGUUCCUUUUCUCUCUAUAAGUACCUAUGGGUACAUUUUAUUGUGGGUAGCAAAAGCACUCUAGCUAUGAAUUGAAAUGGAAAUUCUGACACAUUCCUUUCAACUGGUAAACUGCUAGCAAUUUAUAACUGAAAGCCAAUGUAUUGAUUUAGAAUUUGUUCUGUUUUUCCCUCGCAUUGAAAAGUAGUAACUUGACUAAGAUAACAUUUUAAUUGUAUUGAUCUUCUGCUUGAAAUGUGGAGAUCCAAGGUGAGAUUUCCCUAUCAUAGUUAUUUUCCUCCAAGUUCAUGUUUGUUGCUUCUCAAGUCAUGUUUAUGUUUUUUAAAGAAAAAUGUAUCAUUAAAGUUUUAUCAUUGUCCCCUGGAGCUUUCUGAUAAGCUCUUUGGGUCUUUCUAUGAUAUUUCAUUCAGGAAUUGGCAUAUACCGUUGGAAUUAGCAGUAUCUGAACAGGUUGCAUAUAGGUUUAUUUUUUGUUUCAUUCAAAAAUGUUUCUAGGGCAGUUUAAAGCCCACUAGGCAAUGAAUAAUUCUUCCUAGUUAAGUUGACAAUUUAAUUCUUUAUGAACUUAAAAUUGUCUGUAGUUAAAUAUUUUGAUUUGCUACCAGGUUUUUAAAAAAACUGAGAUAUGCGGAAUAUGGAAUGAGACUGACGUUUUUAAAAUGCAUUUGUGUGUGUGCGCGCGUGUGUAUGUGCGCACAUGUAUAGAAAGUGAAUGAGCAUGUAUGUAUAUGUAUAGAUAUGCGCGCGCACACACACACACAUACUUAUAUUGUGAUGGGAGAGAUUUACAGAUAUUUCAAUAGAUGAGGAGGCACUUUCUCCAAAUCCCCUUUUCCUGCUGUCAGUUGUACUUUCUUAGAACUUGUAGAGGGCUGGAAAUAGAGGUAUCUAUUUCUCAUAACCGCUUCCUCAGAGGGAUCCCUCACCUUAGAUUAAGAGUCUUCCAUGGACAGGAGAAAUUUCUGUAUGUAACAUGAUGCAUUGAGGAAAUUCCCAGUCAGUUUAAAUGCUAUUAUAUAACCCUAUGCCAUGAUGUGAAAUGAAGGAGUUAACAAAAUCUUUUAGAAUUUUUUUAAACAGGCUUGUAAGCUAAGCAGUAUUGUUUCUUCACAAACCAAAUCUAGCAUAUUUCUUUAAUAAUUCUUUAUUGCCUCCACACACAUACACAUACUACCAUCAAGGAAUUAAUCAGCUAUUCUUUUAUUACCCAUCUUGUGGUUCAAGCGAGAUUGAAUUUGAGUUUGAAACACUUCCACAUUCUUAAAAGAGCUUUUUCCAAUCUGUAGAAAUGUAGUUGUGUUUUCACAAACUGAAGCAAAUGCGAAAUACACUUCUAUUUCUGACAGCAGUGAAAGUGAAGGGCUUUUGAUAGGCUGUUAACUAUUCUGUAGAAAUAAGAGAUUGGAGAGAGGAGUUUCAUGUGAUAAAGUGCAAUGUGGGAACAGGCGUCCAGUCUGAAUCAUCUAAACUUGCCUUACACGUUGGUGUAAGCAAUGUAAACCUUUUAAUGGAAUGUCUGCAGUGGUGAUUCUUACUACUGCUAGUUUUUGAUAAAUGCAGAUAAUAAAUGUACAUCUACUCAUGGUUUGCUUAAAAAGAAGCUUUGUAACUGGAAAGUGGGUGUUGACUCACAUACUAUUUUUAAUUGUCAUACCAUUUGCUGGUUAUUUGCAAGGUUGGUUUGCAUUUGGAACAAGUUAAAAUAUAUUAAAUUAUUAUACCUAUUAUACCAUUAAUUAAGCCACUUAAUGAUCUUACUAAUAUAUGUAUGAUUGCCUCUCUGUAAGAUUGUUGAAGGGAAAAAUCUAGGAUGGGUCAGCAAUAUGUAUUGUUAAUAUUGUACAUACACUCAUAUUUGUAUGUGAGGUGGUCAAAGUAAUUUAAAUCUACAAGAAACAUUGCCACAACAAGAUAAGCAUUGUUGUAGCAAAGUUUUGGUAUUUGGUAUAUUUAUACAACAUAGAGACAGAAAUUUUAACUACCUUAAUGUCUUCCCUCCAAGUUGAUUUAGGAGUUACUAAUCCAUGCCAACAAAUACAUUUUGAAAUUAUAUUUCCUUGGUAGGGUCAUAAACUAUAGGAAUUUAAAUGCCUAAAUUAGAUAAAUAAAAUAAUAAAAGUAUCCUUAUGUCUUUGAAAUGAAUAUUCAAAUUACAUCUGCCCACUAUGAUAUUAAUAUUUUACUACUAUUUUAUACGACUUAAAAGUUAAUACUGCUAAUUGCUUUGCAUUGGGUUAUGAGGAUCUGCAUCAAGCUGAAAUGAAAAAUAUUUUUGUAUGUGUUUCAUUCUGUAUAAAACAUGAAAAUGUGUUUCAGGCAUAAUAUCAUAAAAAUGAUAAGUGUUAUGGAUGUCAGAUUUUAUGGAGAAAUAUUUUCUUACUAUUUGCUAAAAACUGGGGAGAAAAAUUGUAACAUUUCCUAUUUUCUAAUUCAAAUCGCUUUCCUUGUAAAUAAGAGCAAUAGGGUAAUAGUUUUGUGCCAAUGUAUUUUUUUUAAAUGUUGAAAAUUAUAACUAUUUAAGGUACUUUUGAAGAUUUGUUUCAUGCAGAAAUCUAGAACUCUUAAGACUUGUUACAAUGGUUUUUGUUUUAUUUUGCUAUUUAAGUUGUGUGGAUUUGGGGUGAUGGGGUUAUACCAAGUUAAAUAUGAAGUAUCCAUAGUCAUUUUCUGAGGAAUACAACUGGUUAAUUGCAACAGUUAUAAAAAUCCCUCCAAAUCUGAGUGGAAUAUGCAUCUCUAGUGACAGAGCCAUUCACCAUUUGCUUAUAGCUGAAUAUUGUGGGCAUAGAAGCAGAUCUCCUCAGAUGCAUUAAAAUAGCCAUGUCCCUAUAUUUUUAUUAGUAGUAAUAGUAUGUGAAGAAAAUUAUUCUUGGUAUAGUUGAUGGAAACAUUUGGACAAGUAACUUUAGUGUAAAAACUGGACUAUGUUAAAUUAGAGCAUUACCUGCUGUUAUAGAAACAAUAAAGUCCACCAUGUACUCUGCAGGCCAAAACAUUUUACCAUUUUAAUUCACCUCCCCCUAAAAUCAUGCUGCAGUUUUCAUCAACAGCUUUAUAUAAAGAUUUCACAAACCUUUUCUACUUGUAAAAUACACAUUAAUUCUAAUAUCUUCAAGUGUUAUAAUAGUAAUUAUCCUGCAAUUAAUUAUUUAGAAAUGCUGCUCUCCUCUAAUCAGAAGGCCCAAAGUGCAAGUGAAGAGAGCUGGAGAGAGGUUUUUUAAAUAGAACUAGUAUAGGCGGCACUUUGUUGGAAGCAAAGUACAAAUUAGAAGGUAACAUCUAUGGGAGGUGCAAUGAAUUGCUUCAGUUGCAGCUGUGUAGGGAGGAUAAGUAGUAGAGAGAAAGUGGGAUAUCAGAAAUGUUUACAUCUGGUGGAGGGCAAAUUCCCUUAUAUUUUUAGAUUCUGCUUAAUGGAUAAGAUUACAACUAUGCAGGCCUUUAGUUGGCAAUGGAUGAUUCUCAGUUCCCUGGGAAUCUUUUGCAUGUCUGCUCCAGACACUGUAUUAAGCCAUAUAUGUUUCAUUCAAGUGUCCCUCUUCACUGUGAUUAAGCUGUCUACGAGGAAUGGAGACAUCUCGUACUAGUAAUCUUAAAGUAAUGUAUAGUUGACAACAAUCUCAAAUUAUUUUGAUUUCUACGUGUUUUAAAAUUAUAUCCGUACAUCUCCACAUGAUGUAAAGCAUAUUGACCAGAAUAUUGUCUGCACAUGUAUUCCACCCAUAUAUAAGAGUAGUAUGUUGAACCAUACAGAUUAACCCCCUAAAUAAAUAGAAAGUGUAUAAAGUGGCAGGAAAGAAUUCAUCUUGCACUAGUUAUUAAUAAAUUUCUAAAUGUUAUAAAAAAGCAGAGGACCAGAAAAAUUCUUCUUCCAGAAUCCCUAUGAAUUUUUACAAUAAGGCUUUUUGCUGAAGAAAAGUUCCAGCAAAGAUAUUUCCUCCUCUGUAUGCAGCCAUUCACCAUUUGCUUAUAGCUGAAUAUUGUGGGCAUAGAAGCAGAUCCUCAAGAUGCAUUAAAAUAGCUAUGGUAGUGAUUUAUAGUAUAUCUAACUGAGCAUAAAAAUAAUUUUGCCAGUUGGAUUUGCUUCCAAGCAAAUGAGUUGAGAAAUGCCUUUUGAAAGAGAUGCCUUAAUUCAAAUACAGUGACUUGGAUCUAAAGAUACCCUUGGCAUUUGUGAGAGGUUUUUAGAUUGCAGAAGUGGAUUCCUGCAAUAGCCUUCUGGACACCUUCCAAAUGAAUCUAGAAUCCAAACAUCCAGUGGAUUCCCAAAUUGGGAAAAGUUGCUUAACCAUUUCAGUUUACUGUUACUACAGAUCUGUGCCACAACACAUGCCAAUGGUUCCUAAUAUUCAGGAUGGAAUUUAAAUUCAGAAAGGUCUAAACGUGCAGGAUUUUUUAACUCCGUCUAUUAUAUUCUGGGGAAAUGAUCUCAUUUUUCUGAUAAUGCUGCGCGUUUGUUACAAAUCUGUUUUUAGUGAUUGAGUGUGGAUUGGUUAGUUUUAAUAUGCAGCUGCCAUGUUUUCAUAAACAUGGAAGAUAAACUUUUUCAGUUAGUGCUAUUGUCACAUGCUGCAAAAUAAGGAAUACGGUACAAACCUAAAUCAUCUAGUUCACUGUAACAUUUAAAUAGUUUAUUUUAAAAAUGGAGAGACAUUUAAAACAUGGGAAUUGCUAGAAGGGACAAACUAAUAUAUUUGUUUUAAUUUAAUUCUGUUAUAAUGGCUAAGCUAGAAAUGCAAACCAAAGCUAAAAUACUUGUUUCUCAAUCUUCUGAGUGGAAUAGCAAAAAAUAGGGGGGGAAAACCAUCUUGGUUUGGAUAAUUGCCUAUCUGGAGCUUUGAAGGUUUCAUUCCCCAGGUUUAAAUAUUCUUUCAUAUAAACUGCAAUCUGGGUCAUUAGAAUAUUUAAGGAAAUAAUUUCACUGACUUUAUGGUAAAAUUAUAUUGCCUUAAGUAAAAUGUUACUGUUGCAUAACUCCUACAUAAAACUUUGAAGACCACUAUACUAAUAUUUUGGAAAGUAUUCCCCUGGGAAACAAAAGUGGAUACUUUGGAAAGUAAGAGUUUGACAAUAUUUGCUUACUUUUUACUUUAUUUAACAUCAUUUCACAUGUAUUUCAUUUUUAUCUAAAUUUCUUAAAAAGUUCAAAAUAGUAGCACUUUAUAUAAUGCUUUACUACUGACAAACUUUUUAGAUAAAACAAAUGUAUUAUAUGAUUAGAGAGAUGUUUAACUUAAUGAGAGUUUAUUGGGGUGAUUCCUAAUGUGAAUGCUUUAAAGCUUACCUUUCCUUUUGCUUCCAUCCAUGUUAAAAUGCAUUAACUCCAAAUUCUUAAUCUUGCCAUCUUCCAGAUAAAUACUUAAUAUUAAUGGUUCUGUAUCCAUUAUAGUGCUAGGACAGCAUAUUUCAUGAUAUAGCAAUGCAGUUCUGAAUUGCAACACCUUUUUUCAAAUUUAGUUUCAGAAUUGUAAUAAUCAGCAAUGAGAUUAAAAUAUCCCCACAAAUAGUUAUCAGGUUUUUUUUAUAUUUAAUUUUCUCAGUAUCUGCUAUUUGCCAUAAAUGAAAAAUUUAUAAUGGCCAGUAGUGUACAAUUCAAUGUCUAGUUAUUUAGACAUUUUCAGACUUGGGAGACCUUGGAGGAAAACCUCAAAUGCAGCUUAAUUAUGAAAGCAAAAAUUACUGAAACUUUAAUAUAAAUGUGGGAAAGAUUUACAUGCCCACGAAAUGCUUUGAUUCCUGUUUAGCAUUUUUGCAUUUCUUUUAAAAUCUAUAAAUCAGCAAAAGUUGUUUGUAGAGUAAGUAGUGCACAAAAAUAAUUUUAAGAGGGGAAAGUUGCAAUUUAUAUAGGUAAAGUCUAUAAUAGAAUUGGAGAUUCUAAAACAAUUAGCACUAUGUUGUAUUGUAUUCUAUUGUUUAAUAAACUAACCAGUAUGAUUAUUUCCACACAUUAGAGGCUGGUUUCAUGGGUAAUGGUAAUAUGGAGAUUAACUAAUGAUGCGAUUCUCCAAGCAAAUUCUAAAACAAUUUUGUGUUUAUGUGUAGGAUUUCUUUAUUUCCUUUUUUUCUGGCACAGGUGCUAUUCUGUAUGUAAAUAAUAAAGGAUAUAAAAUUUAGUGUCUGGAUCAUAUCCACUGUUCUAUGGGUGGCCAUAUUUAUUUUUUGCUGGAAUGAAUUUGCAUGUAUUUUGUGAUUUUGUGUUGUCCAGUCUAUCUGGAUCUACACUGCUCAGUGAAUGGGCUUUGACCAUCUCAUUUAUAUCUAAAGCCAAGAUAACUGGCCAUCUUUUGUUCAUUGUGCAAGUUUGUUCUCAUAGAGAUUAAUUUGUCUUUGAACUUGCGUGUUUUCAUUUUUUAGAAACCAAGAUAAUUCAACUAAGAGCCUGUAUAUUAAAUAGCAGGAAAUGUGGUCCGUUUAACAUGCACUUCAAUUUGUUUAACACGACAAUGUGGAAAGAAUUCAUCAUUCAUCACUGCAGCUACUGUAUGUGUUAAAAGGGCCUUAUAUAUUUUGCCUGCAUUGGAGUUAUAAGGAGAGUCCUCAUCAUUAAUAAGGUACACUAAUGAUAUACAAUACCAGCAGCUCCCAGAAGAAAAUAAAUAUUUAACAUUUAACAAAUCUUGUUUUUAGUCUUAAGAGCAAAUUCCUUCUAUUAUGUGAAACCUAUGCUGUUAUACAUAUUUUGUGGAUAUAUUUAAUUUUGAUUGACAAAUAGUUGUCUAGGUACAAACUUGAAAAUAUAUAGUUUACUUGUGAAUCUUAAUUGUUUAAUUGCAAAAUAAAGAUGUGCUUUAGUAAAAA